GUUUAACGUCAUUAUGUGCUAUAGUGUCACAAUAUUAACGCUGGUUCGUGACUAGAGGACAACUGACCCAGCGAUGUUCAAAGUGAGAACAGUUUUGGGGAGGCUCCUUCGUACGACUACGACACUGCCAAGACUUAGUUACUCUACAGCAUCUGGUGCAAACAUGACAUCAGGUUAUCAGCAAGCUAACGUGGUUAUCCUUCACAAGAGUCUGGCAGAUGACUUUGAGGUUUUCUGCCGUGCCAACCAUGCUCCCAUGCCUCUGCUGUACAGGAGCAAGCCAGGGGAAUGGGCUUGCCCCCCACUGGCCACAGAUGCUGACAUCAGAGAGGACUGCCCUCAGUACUGUGUGUUUGAGAAUGGUGCGCUGACGAAAAAAGUGUCCAGUCUGGCCCCCUACACAGCCCAGCUGCAGGAAAUGGUGACAUUUUAUCUGGGCUGCAGCUUUGGAUUUGAGCGCAUCCUGGCCAAAGCUGGAGUACCCAUCCGCAACGUGGAGCAGAAAAAAAACGUCAGCAUGUUCAGAACCUCAGUGCCGUGUGUCAGAGCAGGUCAGUUUCAGUGCCCCAUGGUCGUAUCCAUGCGACCUGUCCCUAAACCCAAACUGGACACUGUUACUCAGUGCACACACCUGAUCAAACAGUCCCACGGAGCUCCCAUCCACAUCGGCCACCCAGGUCUUCUUGGCAUUAAGGAUUUGUCAAGUCCAGACUACGGUGACCCUGUGGAAACCAGCCCAGGUGAUGUUCCUGUGUUUUGGGCAUGUGGGGUUACUGGCUUAGAAGCUGUUCAGAGCUGCAAGCCUGAUUUGGCUUUUACACACUCCCCCGGCUGUAUGUUCGUUACUGAUAGAGAAGAAGCCACGGAUUUCCCCUCCUCAUUAGAACCUGCAGAAUGCCCUCUGACCUUCUGCAUCUCACAAAAUCCCUUGCACUACAGCGUAGCCUCUAAGGCUGUGGUGGAGAGAAUCCGCAGCAUGGAGCAGAUUAUCGGAGAGGACCCAGGGCAAAGGGGAAUCCAGGCCCUGUUUGUACAGGAUGAGCUGUUACUUGCUUGUCUGUCCAUUUCCCAUGCUUCUUCUGUGCUCAUCACCACUGGUUUCCCAACCCACUUUAAACACGACCCACCUGAGGAGACUGAUGGGCCUCCUGGCGCCAUUGCAAUGGCAGCCAUGCUCCAAGCCCUCCAAAAACAGGUUGCCAUAGUGACGGAUGAGCGUGCUCUGGAGAUGAAUCGACGCAUCAUUCAGGACGCUGUAGAGAAAGGUGUGAUUAAGACUGCAGUGCCUCUACUGAGCUUUCAGGCUGAUAGCCCUGACUCAGCACUGAAUUUCCUAUGUUAUAAUGGAGAUCCUGAGAAGCCCAGGUAUGACCACUUGGUGGCAAUAGAGCGCAGUGGCAGGGCAGCAGAUGGAAAUUAUUACAACAUGAGGGGGGUGAACAUUAAACACCUAGUGGAUCCUAUUGAUGAUCUGUUCAUCACAGCCAGUAAGAUCACAGGCAUCACUACCACAGGGAUUGGAGAUGGAGGAAAUGAAUUGGGUAUGGGUAAAGUAAAGGAGGCUGUGAUAUCACACAUGCCCAAUGGGAGUUUGAUCGCCUGCGAUGUGGCAGCUGACUUCGCCGUCACAGCAGGGGUGUCAAACUGGGGAGGAUAUGCAGUGGCCUGUGCUCUAUACGUGUUAAACAAGUGCCCCAUUCACCAUCGUUAUGUGCUGAAAGGCAUAGGUUCAUCACCAGUUGACCAGCACAGUCACUGGGCCUCCAGCCUCCCGUCUGUAGCCAAGGAGGGGGAUUUGCUCUCUAUACUAGUGAAGUAUGGUGUUCGCAGUGGAAAGACAGGAAACCUAGCGAUGGAGGUGGAUGGACUGACCUUUCACCCCACCCACUCUGACCUUAUCGAGCGUCUAAGGGCAAUUACUCUGGAACACACACACUCCAAAUGACAUCACUGGAACCUGCUCACACACACGUUCCACUGCACCUUUGACACCGUGCCAGAAUCAAUAUUAGCUUAGUUUAGAUGUGAUCGUGCUUGUUCUAAAUCUGUGGAUUCUGACAUAUUUCAACUCAGCAGCGCUUAAAACAGCUCGAAUGUAUCUUUAGAACCAUCUCUUCCUCAAUCACCAUGGCACUAUCUCUGUCACUGUGUCUUCAAAAAGACAGUUUGUUCACUGCCUACAAAUUGUCACCAAAUUGCCUGAACAAUCAAUACUAGAAGUCCCACUGGUUUUCAAUACACUACAUAAUAAAGAGUUUUAUUUCUAUGGGGAAAAUAGAUGUAGACAUUCCUUAGCCAAUCAGAGACAUGUUGUGGUAGGUUAAAAGAAAAGGACUCAUUGACUCAAAGGUCUGUCCUGGCCUGAUAUCUAUACGUGUAUAGGGUUGAGAUUUGUCAAUCUUCAUAAUACUGAGAGACCAACAGUGAGAAAUGUCAAAGCUAGUCAGUGUGGGUUAAUUGUGCUUACUCAUAGGCUAAUGGGUGAUGAACUCAACUUGCUCGAAGACAAGGAAGCAGAUUUAGUAAACAGGGAACCAUUAUUAACCUUCUGUCCUUCCUUGUUCACAAUGUAUCAGUAAGUAAAGCAGUAGUCUUCUCACUGAAGUUAUUGCGCUGUGACAAAAAAUGCAUUUGCUUUUGUUUUAGGCUAAAAAUAAUUUAUAUCUACUGUUUGUUUUUCUUUCCUCAGUUCAUCUUCAUGUUUCCAAAAAAUAAUGUACAUAAUGACGUAUUUUUGCUUAUUUUUACUUUCGGUGGUAACCAUGCAUUUGAGUUAAAUUAAAGAAAGAAACAUCAUCUGCUUUUAUCUCUGUGCCAGAGUGGCACAGUCCUCUGAAGAGGAUUCCGCAAUGGGUAAUUCCAGAAAUACUUCAGUCAUAGAGGUUAUGUAGCUGAUCUCAAAAAUAUCAUUAAAACUUUAUAACAACUCCACAAAUCUCGCCACAAAUCUUAGACACAUAAAUCUCAGCAAAUCUGUGAAGCACUUCAAAGCAAUGGACAACACACUUACAUACAGAAAUAUUUAUAAAACACACUCAAUCAUUCUCUCUCCCUCUCUCUCUCUCUCUCUCUCUCUCCAAAUGCUAGCUAUCAACAUUUUUUCAAUAACAAGAGGAUGUUACAUAAUGUGGCCAUCUUAUUGUUUUAUUAAGAUUAGUUGAUAUUAUGCUUGACCUUUAAUAGUCUGGAGAUCUCUCCCUUCUUCAUAUUCAACCAAAAACAACAUUAGGAAAGGUCGUUCACAAGAAGUUUGAUUUCAAGUAAAACAAACAAUCUUUCUCGUUUCUUUAACAGGCAGACUUCCACUCUACCUGAGAAUACUUCAUAUGUUACAGUGACUUAAUAAGUUUGCAGAUCAAAUAAAUAUAUUAGU